AUGAAUUGCUAAUUUAAAUUAAAGACCUUACUUCAAUUAAACUUUUAUUUCGAUUUUCUUCUUUGUUUAGAUUUUUAUGAUAAUAAAAAUUUAUGUGAUGAUCAUAUCUUUUUAUUAUCUGAGGUAAUUUCUAAAAAUUAAAAUCUCAAGAAGAUAGAUAUUGAAUUAGGAUGGAAUUAAUAUAUUUCUCAAUAGAGCAUCAAUUUUAUCUCUAGUUGUCUGCUAGAUAAACAAAGUUUAAAAUAUUUAAGUCUAUCCUUUCAUUAUUUAAAAAAAAUAGAGAGCAUAAAUAAUCUAAAUUAAUCUCUUUUUAAUCUUGUAAAUUUAUAGAAUUUUAGUUUAACUUUAGGAGGUUGUUCAAAACUUAAUAAUAAUGAAAUUAAUUAACUUUUUUUAUUAAUUCAAAACAUGAAGCAAUUACAAGAGCUAUAUUUAGAUGUAUAUUGUUGCCAUAUAAGUGAUGAAUUAGUAAAUAUUUUGGGAGAUUCUCUACAAAAAUGCUAGUGUAUUAAAAAAUUAAAUUUAAAUUUAGGUAGUAAUAGUUAAAUCAUAAAUAUCUAAUCGUUAGGAAUGGUGAUUCAUUUAUCUUAGUUGAUUGAAUUGCAAUUUAAUUUAAAUAACUGUUUCAAUUUAUCAUAAGGACCAUUUGGGUGUUGUAGCCAAAAUAUCAUUAACAUUGAAAAGUUUAGUGUUAAUUUGGAUUAAUGUAAAUCAGUUGCAAUAAAUAGUCUAAAAUAAUUUACUUCAGAUUUGAAAUUUCUAGUCAAUUUGAAAGAAUUAAAUUUGUUGUAAGACUUACAGAUUUAUACAAAAUUGAAGAAAAUAGUUUUUAAAAAUUGA